GUCGAAAGCGCAGCGCAACUUGAAAAUGAAAUAAAAAAAAUUCAAGAAACAUUUCAAGCAAAAGAAACAGAGCAUACGUGGCAGUUGUUUGAUGAUGCGUUAAAACGUUUGGUUUCUUUGAGUCGUGGCGGUGCUAUCAACUACGAAAAAACAUUCAUAUCUGGGAUAAAAUCUUUGAGGCAACCUAUUCUGGAUUCGAUUCUUACGGAUCGGACGCGAUUGUCUGGAACAGCAACAGAAUUGGUUGAAGAAAUUGGUAGAGUUCUCGGACCAAAAUUCGAUACCCUUGCGGAAUC